UUGAGAAAGACGAUUUAAUAAUAACAGCGUAUUAACAAAGCAAUGAGAUACAAUCAAUCCGCACUGGGGCGGCCAUCUUCAGGUAAAAGAAGAUUGAAAGAUCUCUUGGUUCAACGUGACAAUCGUGUGUGUACAGCUUACAAUGCUCAAGACCCAAAAUGGGCGUCAGCAAAUACAGGAGUAUUGAUUUUCUUGAAGUGCUGCGGAAUGCACAGAAGCCUUGGUACUUAUAUUUCGAAGGUUUUGUCUGUGACAUUAGAUGAAUAGUCAGAUGAUGAAAUCGAAUCAGUGAUCGAGGUCGGUGGAAACGCAUCUGCAAAUUCAAUUUAUGAGGUCUAUUUCCUGAAGAAGUCUCAAAGCCUGGAUCAGAUGCUAGCCACGAACAGCGUUCAAAAUUUAUCAGAGGAAGGCAUGGUGGAAAUUACUGGAAUGAUGAAGGUCAAAGUACUUAAAGGCACAAACUUAGCUAUUCGAGAUAUACUAUCUAGCGAUCCAUAUGUCGUUUUGACCCCAGGGCAGCAGAAAGCACAAACAACUGUGGUUAAGAGCAAUCUGAAUCCUGUCUGGAACGAGGAACUCAUGCUUUCAGUUCCACAAAAUUGUGGCCUGAUAAAAUUGGACACAUUCUCUGCGGACGAUAUAAUGGGGGAAGCCGAAAGAGAUAUUCAGCCAAUAAUAACCUCUGCAAUGGCUUUCAGAGAUGCUGGAAUGUUCGGAAAUAUGCAGAUCGGAAAACGGCUGAAAUCGCUCGACAAUGCCCUGAUGGAAGACAGCACAGUAAACAAUGUGGAUGGGAAGGUGAAACAGGAAUUAUCACUGAAGCUCCAAAAUGUGGAACCUGAGGAGUUAGAACUGGAGCUUGAGUGGAUGGCUCUUGACCAAUAGAUAUUACUUAAGAGCAACAGCAUUAGGUGCCGAAGUUGGAGCCGACGCGGAUGAUGAGUUUUGUUGCUUCUGCUUUCGGAGGCGAAGGAAAAAUAGAAUCCCGGCGACGGAGAGCAAUACGACGCCAGUUAGUCCACAGAUUAAGCUGGCCACAAGCAAGGACCUCUUAACGUGAUCUCCACGCGAUCUCCCAACCGCAUGAUUGCUCCACCAUGUGGCCGGAUCGGUGAAAUUCUUGGCCUCCGGCAGCGGUGAGGAAGGCGACGACGUCGUUACACCGAAGAAAUAUAGCAUUUCUUUGGUUCCGUUGGCUUUAACUGGCGGUGAAGAAUCUUGGUAGACCAAGCCGUGGACCGAUGGACGGAGCUCCCUGCCUUCUGAUUGGUUGAUGAUUGUGAAGAUCGCAAUGCAUGCCACGAUGCCGUAUUGGAAGUAACAGUUUUCCAUUUCUGUUCACAGAUUAUUGAGUCUUGUGAUCUUUCCUUUUCUGCAGAUCUUGUGCCAGUACUUGAAGAGGAGAACGAGCGGAACUGUGCGGCAGCGGGUUUUUAUUUUAUUUUUUUUUAUUUUUAUUUUUUUUUUAUUUUAUUUUAAACAACGACUUAAUUUUACAAAUGGC